AUGGAGGAUUACACUACUGCUUCAGGAAGCACCUCAACUGAAGAAAAUGUUGAGAUUGUGAUUGUUCCACCUAAUAAACAAAUGGAUGAGUUUAAUGUGAAUGUAUCGGUGGACUCUUCCAUGAUUGAAGAAGAAACAGGGCUGCUACUGCAAAAUUCUAUCUCAUUCUCAAAAGAUGAUUGGAACACUGUCGAAAAAAUUUAUAAGGAAGAAGAUAUUGAUAUACCAGUUAAGCUAUCAAAGGAUGGGGGCACCGCUCUCCAUAUUGCAGUUGCAGAAGGGCACACUGAUUUUGUGAAAAAGCUACUUGAAAAAAUGAAUAAACAGGAUUUAGCCGUAAAAAAUAAUGCCAGCAAUACGGCCUUUUUUCUUGCAGCUGCGUCCAAGAGGGUUGAAAUUGUCAAGGCUAUGAUGAAGAAGAAUGAAGACAUAGUAAAGAUUAGAGGAGACAAUGAUAUUUUACCGCUCCACAAGGCAACUCUAAUUGGAGAUAAAGAGACGGUAGAAUACCUUUAUGAAGCCACUGCAGAUGAGAUAUUAGAUCAUGAUAAUGAUCACAUCGAAUUGCUUAUCAGCCUCAUAAACCGCAGCUGGUAUGAUAAUGGUCAAGAGAUUCCCGAUUCAGCUUUUGAACUAGUCGAAUGUCUUUGGAAACAAGUUAUGCUUUUGGUUUUGGAUGACUCCCAGAUUCUGGAAAUUAUUAGAAAACCUUGGUCUCUAAUAUUCGAGGCUGCAAAACAAGGAAACCUUCGGUUUCUAGAUAUAAUUUUCUCCAGAUAUCCUGACCUAAUGUUUGAAGUUGACGAAAAUAAUUACACCAUACUUCAUGUUGCUGUUAUGUAUCUUCGCCGUAACAUUUUCAACGCCAUGUAUCACAUCAGUCCAUUUAACAAUUUGGUAGUUCAAGACACAAAUAAAGAAGGGAACAAUAUCUUGCAUUUGGCUGCAAAGUUGCCACCAGUAGAGACACCCGAUAUUGAAUCGCUUGCAUUACAUUAUAAAAUGCAAAUUGAGAUGAGGUGGUUCAAGAGAGUGAAGAGAAUUUUACAUCCAGUGGUAGCUGAAGCUAAAAAUAAUGAAGGGAAAACUCCUAGAGCUUUAUCUACUGAACAGCACAAUGAGUUAAGGGCAAAAGCUGAUAAAUGGGCCAAGGACAUUGCUAAUGCAUGCAUCAUGGGGUCAACACUUAUUGCCACCGUGGUUUUCGCUGCACUUUUCACUUUAUUAUCUCUUCCCGAUGUGAAGAAAGCAGAUUUCAAUGGGCAGGUACCUGUUGAUUUGGCUUUGGGAUUAAACUUACUUACAUACUCCGUAGAAGCAAUGAUGGUAGUGUUUUCUGCAACUAUGUUCAUUGUCUUCAAAGAUGGGUGGCUAUGGGUGCCUGUUCUUUUAACUGUAAUGGCUAUUUUCACAGCGUUAAUGUUUGUAGGUAAAACUUGGACUGCCAAUGGAGAAUUGUUACAUUCCGUCAAUGAAAAUUGGUGA